CUAUGUGACCCAAAAAGACUUCUUCUCCAGCGUUUCCUCUCUCGUUUCUCAGGUCUUCUCUCAGGAACUCUCUCCUUCGCUUUUCCCCCUUCUCUCCGCGAGUUGUCGCUUGCGUCACGAACUCCGUCCCACAAUCGCGCGCACUCUGAACGCUCUCCCUCCUUUUUCGCUCUUCGCUGCAGCCGCUGCCCGCGGAAAACGCUUCUUUUCCUGGGAAGACUUUCUUUCUGUCUCUCUGCACUCUUCGGAGGAACCAGUUAACUGACCGCACGAACGGUUGUCCUGCGGUGUACAUACACCCCAAAAGUCAGCGACUACUUCCCAGGCGGAGGAGAGAGGAUUUCUUGUUGGCAACCCGGGUGGUUCUCGCGUGUGCUGCGGCGGAUUUCGGUCCUUUUCUACACACAGCUCCUUCUUCUCUCCUUUCUCCCCUCUUCUUUCCUCUCGCCUCAGCUGAGGAGAAUCAGAGAGAAACCUCUGCACACCUUGGACGAAGUUCGCCGGUGACGUCUGCGAGCCCGCUUCGAACUCUCCAGCGGAUUCGUCCUUCCUCUCACUGCCUUCUGCUUUGUUGCCGUCUUCCUCUCCGCUUUUCGCUUCUCCUGCCCUUUGGCGUUUUCCGCGUUUUUCGUCUUUCAGUCUUCACCAUGUCUGACGCUGCUACAGAGCCCAAGCCCGCGCAGCCCGCGGAGGCGACGCAGGCCACCAAGGAGGAAGAAGACAACUUCAAUCCCGAGGAGGAAGUCACUGAGGGAAACUGGAACACCCCACAGGUGGAAGUCCACGCAGUGCAGGUGGAGACUGGCGAGGAAGACGAAGACGUCUUCUGGAAGCACCGCAGCAAGUUGUAUAGGUGGGUCAGCUCGACGGGAGAUGCACAGGCAGCUGGCGAGUGGAAGGAACGAGGCAUCGGCGAUGCCAAGUUGCUGCGCCACAAAGAGACUGGGAAAAUCCGCUUUCUGCUCCGCCAAGAGAAAACGCUCAAAAUCGUCGCGAACCACUACGUGGUUGCGAGCGGCGUAUACUGCAAGCUGACCCCGAACGUGAGCAGCGAGAAGAUUUGGGUGUGGACUGUGAUGGACUUCGCGGAGGGCGAGUUGAAAAACGAGCAAUUUGCUCUGAAGUUCGGUCAAGUCGAACAGGCGCAAGAGUUCAAGAAGAAAUUCGAGGAGGCCGCCGCUUUGAACGCGAAGAUCUUCGGCGUGGAGGCCGAAGGCGAGGAAAAGACAGAGAAGGAAGAGAAGAAGGAGAAGGAGGAAGAGAAGAAGGAGAAGGAAGAGAAGUAGUUGUUUUCGGGUGUCUAGACGUCGCUCGGCACAGUGUCGUGUCUCGGCUCGCCAGACUUUCUCCCGUCUUUCCACCUUUGUGUCGACGUUUGUGAUUCUGUCCUUUCCUACGGGAACUUAAAACUUUUUUUCCUGUGAGCG